UAUACUUCUAAUUAUCAUUUUGGUUCCCAGGUCUGUUUCGUCUGAUAGCUGCCUUAGUGUUGGCUGUAGCCUCGACAAGAGCAUCAAUCCGUUUCCAUCGGGAUAUGUUAUGGAGCGUUCUACGUUCUCCUAUGUCCUUCUUCGAUACCACACCUUUGGGCAGGAUUAUCAACAGGUUUGGCAAAGAUAUCAACAUGGUUGACACCAGCAUACCCGAUAAUAUCAACAACGCACUGACGGCGUUCAUCUCCUGCAUUGGCUCUUUUGUUGUGAUUUCGAUUAACCUUCCCAUCUUCCUUCUCUCUGUUCUUCCUUUAGCAAUUAUCUAUGGUUUCUUGCAGGCUCUUUAUAUGGCUACAUCCCGACAACUUCGAAGACUACAGUCAACAACACUUUCUCCAGUACUAAGUUUCUUUUCGGAGACAGCCCAAGGAUCAAGCACAAUCAAGGCUUUUGGUGCUCAGUUCCAGUUCACGGAAAAACAAGACAAAUUCAUAGAAGAUAACUAUAGAGUUUUCUUCAACUACACCUUGGUAAACAGGUAGUUAAUCAAACAUUUUCCCUGCAAAAAUA